AUGGUCUCCCAGAGCUCUGAAGACCUUCAAUCCGAGAGCGUUCACGACGAGGCGAACACGACUUCUGAAGAACCCCGUACCGAAGAAGCUGUUCCUGACUCUGAGCCCCAAGCGGAAACCGAAAUGGAAACCGAAACAACAGAGAAAACCGAACAAGACAGAGAACUAACCACCAUACAACGUCCAGCCGGACCAAGAGAUCCACCACCAUCAGCAAUCGAAGAUGCAAGAGCAGCACGCCGCGAAUCCAGAAAAGGAAAUGAAAAAGAAGACCGAAAUCAACGACCAGCACGACGCCCAACUGGACCCAGAGAUCGACCACCAUCGACAGUUGAAAAGUCAAGAGCAGCGCGCCGCGAGUCCAAAGCCAAAACUAAAGACAAACACCAACGACCGGUAUCGCGGCUAGCCGGACCAAAAGAUCCACCGCCAUCUAAGCCCCGGGAAUUCCACAGUACCGUUUCGGAUAGGUCACUCAUGUAUCGAAAAAGGAUCUGGAGGAGACGGUUGACCAAAGAACGAGAAAUGCAGGGUCGGUUAGGUCAGCGAUGCUUAAAGUGA